AUGUCCUCACCCGUGACUUCACGGCCAUCUUCAGCAACAACGCCUAAUGGUCAUUUUCCCAAGAUAGGGUUAUCAGGUGUUCCAUGUCCAGCCACACCAACUAGAUAUACAGCGCCAGUUCAUAUUGAUGUUGGUGGUGUAAUUUAUACAUCGUCUUUAGAGACUUUAACCAGAUAUCCAGAAUCUAGAUUAGCUAGAAUGUUUAAUGGUAGUAUCCCGAUAGUACUAGAUAGUUUAAAGCAACAUUAUUUCAUAGAUCGAGAUGGUAAAAUGUUCAGAUAUAUCCUUAAUUAUCUACGUUCUCAGAAACUUCUUUUACCCACUAACUUUAAUGAAUUUGACCAGCUUUUGGAAGAAUCAAGAUUUUAUGAUAUAAAUGGCAUGGCUAAAGAGGUUGAAAUGUUAAGAGCUUCUAAACUUGGGAUGAAAUUGCCGCAUCAGAUUAAAACAGAACCGAAUACAUCUACUACAACAACCCCCACUACAUGUACCAGUGAAUUCUAUGAUUGUAUUGCUGUAAGUAUCAGUCCAGACCUAGGGGAACGGAUCAGUCUUAGUGCAGAACGAGCCUUGAUUGAGGAGGUUUUCCCAGAGUUGUCGUCAGCCUUGGUAGAUACUCGGAAUUCCGGCUGGAAUAUGGACAAUCGGUAUAUAAUUCGUUUUCCAUUAAAUGGUUUCUGUAAAUUGAACUCAGUGCAAGUUAUUUUGAGAUUAUUAAAUUAUAAUUUUAAAAUCAUCGCAUCAACGGGCGGGGGAGUUGAGGGACAACAGUUUAGUGAAUACUUGUUUUGUAGAAACUGUAAAGCUAUUUGUUGAAAGUGAAUUUUAAACU